CGAUCAUAAUGGUUCGAGUUUUACUUGUAGCCAUUGCUCUUAUUGCAUUGAUUGUUCAAGUCGACUCCGACUCAAUGCCAUGGAGAAUGAUUAUGGCGAAGCCUGGAGAUCGAGUGGAAAUCGGAUAUUACAAUCCAAAAAACAUUACGAGAUUUGUGAAGAAUGCAAAAGGAGUCGGUCAAGAACACGUUUUCAGAGUUUGUAAUGGAAAGAAUAAGACAAAAUGUGGUUUUUGGGAGAACGUUAAGACAAAAAAGAAGGUAGAACCAAAAACUACAUACAACAAGAAGAAGAAUCUAUUGAUUAUUCAAAAAGUGUCAGCACUUGAUGCAGGAACUUACAGAACUCCAGAAUAUGAUACAGUUGAUCUUUAUAUUCAAACUGAUUAGAAACUUGUUAAAUUUGCAAUAAAAAUAAAUCAUGAAAGCG